UUAUUAAAGAUAGAAAUUUUAUUCGCUCAACAUUCAAAAAGGAAGAAGCGUACUAGAAAAUGGAAAAUUAGGGUUUCGAGGCCGAAAAAGAGUACACUAAAACCAGCUCACAAGCUCAGUCAACUCUCUCUAGUCCCUUCCAUGGCUGCCAUCACUCGCUUCUCGAAACCCUUCGCUAUCCCUCACAUUAGGAGAUGCUUUUAUUCUUCUUCAGCUGCCGCCGCUGUAUCAAAUCAACACGAUACCUCUCCCUUCGGAAACUACAAGAUUACGCGCCGAGAUCCGAGUGAGAGGAACGUGCAAUGGGUGUUUCUCGGAUCUCCAGGCGUCGGUAAAGGAACCUAUGCCAGCCGCCUCUCGAAUCUCCUCGGCGUCCCUCACAUCGCCACCGGCGAUCUCGUUCGUGAAGAACUCGCUUCCUCUGGAACUCUGUCCAAACAACUAACGGAAAUUGUAAAUCAAGGAAAAUUGGUCUCUGAUGAAAUUAUAAUAAGUUUAUUAUCAAAAAGACUUGAAGCUGGGGAAACUAAAGGUGAAUCAGGAUUUAUUCUUGAUGGUUUUCCUCGAACUAUAAAUCAAGCGGAAAUAUUGGAAGGAGUAACGGACAUCGAUUUGGUGGUGAAUCUGAGGCUUCCGGAAAGUGUCUUGAUUGAGAAAUGUCUUGGUAGAAGAAUUUGCAGUCAGUGUGGGAAAAAUUUCAAUGUGGCUUCGAUUAAUGUCAAGGGCCAGAACGGGAGCCCUGGAAUCAGUAUGGCUCCUCUUCUUCCUCCCCCAAGUUGUAUGUCAAAGCUUGGAACUAGAUCAGAUGAUACAGAAGAAGUGGUGAAAGAGAGACUCCGUAUUUAUAAUGAAAAGAGUCAGCCUUUGGAGGACUACUACCGCAAUCAAGGAAAGUUGAUGGAAUUUGAUUUGCCAGGAGGUAUCCCUGAAUCGUGGCCAAAGUUGCUGGAGGCUCUUAACCUUGAUGAUUUCGAUGAAAGGCAGUCUGUUGCAGCAUAAAGUAUUACAGACUACUGAAGUUUUAUAGGUGACUCUUGUAUUCUUUGCGUGCUGGAGUAGCGUGCUUAUCAAUUUUGCAUUGACAAGAGAAAAGAACUCGUCUCUGUUUGCGAAUAAAUUGUUGUUUACAUAAACUUUUGCCUAGUUGGGCUACUGUAUUUUUGUUUACAAGGAGAUUCUGCUGUAUCUUAAUUUGAGAUAGAUACAAAGGAAGGGUUUUGUGCCGGAUUAUAUAUCCAAGAACAGCUUUGAGAAAUAAUACUUCAAUAUUGGCAAAUUCUUUGGGUUAGUAUUUUCUUGCUAGAAGUUAUAGUUGUGAUCAAAAUGUGUAACUUAAAUUGAUUAAUAUUUACCUCAUGAUAUCUUAUGAUUAGUCAGCUGAAAUCUGGCAAGACUGUUCAAUAGUCCCUAAACAUGUGCCUUUGCAGAUCUGUGGUUAUUUAAUUUAUUGCUUUGCUGUAUUUGCAUGAUAAUUUAACCUCUGAUUGCCAAUUUGACAUCCUUGCAGCUGGCCGAGCUGGUUGGCUCUAGCGUAGCCAGGCAGUAAGUUAACAUAGCUGCAUAACUGAAACUGGACAUUUAAAAGUUUUUAACCCAAGCAGGGUCGCUGUGGCUUGAUGAAAUAUGGCCUCAUAUUUCUUGUUUCCUUUUCUUUGUGGUACGAAAUAGGGGUAAAACACCCAAUAUAAAAAGGCCUAAAUUAUGUACUUCUGGUAAAAGCCACUGCCACUGAAUACGCUCUCAAAAUCGACACGAGCCCUGGUGACGGCGAGUGUUUGAACUUUUGACGGGAUGGGAUAUAAGCUCUCCAAUCUGCUGCAAGGGAAAAAGGGCAAAAAAUGGUACUGUUUCGGGAUGCACCAACGGCAGCUCCAAUAAUUUUCCAACCGAUACUUUCUGGGUAGUUUUCUUCUCUGGGUGGGUCCUUAUGCAGCAUAAGGUUUUACACAAGAAAGGGAACAAGAUCGAACUAUCACUUCCUCAUCGAAGCCCAAGCUCGAUGCCAGGCGGAUAGCCUCCCAUGUUUCUUACACGAUCAUACCGUUUAAGUUUAAUCUUUUUUUUUACUCUUUUGGAUGAUGGGCCAGAGAACAGCUGACAAGUGCAAAAUUUCUUCUUUCAAAGAGGUUGCCAGGGAAGUUGCAACUUCAUCGAAGCCUCUGACAAAUUGUUAAAAGUUAGAUCGGAGGAACAAAGACACCACUAUCCAAGCUGCCAUUAAAAUAAACUAGAUGAUGUCACUCUAAUUUUU